GCCAUUUCGUUUUUUGUCAUCGGACAUUCGUUAGAGUUGCCAGACUGUGGAAUUAAAAAUUAAAGAAACAAUUUGUAUGCGCGGUUAUUCGCUAUAAAAGUAGCAGAAGCAUUCAACCAGCGAAAAAAUAUCAAAUACGGCAAGCAAUUCCUAUUGGUUGUUUGUUGGGGCGUUACGACCGCAUCAACUUUAUUUUCAUGCAAACAACCAACGUGAGCUUUGUUCAAUUAAGCGUUUUGCUGUCCUAUUGAGUGCUGGCACCAUAGCUAUUCAUGAUGAACAGAAUUUCUCGCAGGUGUUAUCAAGUUCAUUACAUUGGCGAGUCACAUCACAACAGUAUAACGCAUUCUGGAAUUUAAUCAAUGGCUGGUCAACAACGCCGCAAUGAAAAUCUUAGUGAAGCUAUGCAACGCCUACAAAUGGGGGAGGGUGAUAAAAGUGGGCUAAGUUCACCCAAAUACACCGGAGUAUCGAAUUUUAUACGCCAGCAUGUUGGUAAUAAUGCCCCGAUUCACCAACAACAAUCUGCAGAGGAGUAUAAAUUGUACGAACGAACAAACAUAAUCGCAUCUUCUAAAUAUGCCACACCCCGUCCAAUUGAACAGUUGGCAGCUGAAUCAAACACAAAUAGUUUGCAAUUUUCACAACCAACGUCUAAUGGGACAGUACCGAUUAAUUCUAAUAGCAGUCCAAAUUACAUAGGUCGCAGUGAAAUGUAUGAAAGAAAGUUAUCAGCAAAACAAUCGCCUGUUUAUGAAAAUCUCGAAUUUUGCGGAGGUGGUAUUGGUGGUAUACCAUCAGAUGUAUUUUUCGAAUCAACAAACAAACGUGCACAACCCCAAAGCCCUACUGCUAAUCCAUCACGUGGUCAAUAUAUGAUUAUGCAUGCUAGUACUAGUAGUGGACGUUUUGCUCAUACACCAAUACCAGAUUCCCAUACGGAUGCAACGCCUAUAUAUGAGAAUAUUAUACCGCACUCCGGACAACGUGCACAACCGCAAGCUUCACCAGCUACUGCUACAAUAUAUCAACACGUAGAGAUUUCACCACAAUUAAGUGGUGCUGGAGGUGCAGGAACUCCGCUCGCGCCACAUCAUAUACGUGAGAAUUCUGGUCUAGAUAUGUCAGCGGUGUUGGCUUCGCCGAUGCAUCGCCGUAGCACAUCUAAUUCUUCAUUGAAAACGGCAGCGUCUAAUAGCACUGCGGCUGCUACUGGCGGUGGUAGUGGUCUAUCUUCGCCAACACAGCGCUAUCGCAAUCUUUCCUUGCCCAGUCACACAAAUAAUUUACUAACGUCGCCAGCAAAAUCCCUUGCCUCUAGUACAAGCAGCAACGAUUACAAGCUGCUACAGCACACUCCAAUCAAGAAUACUCAUCACAUUGCCCCACAUCAUCCUAUUAUUAAUGUUUCGGUUAAUCCAAAUUACAUUGAGGAAAUCAAUAGUUCAGAUUAUGUUUGUAUGACAGCCAAUUUGCAUCGGCAGCCAGCUAGAAGCCCCACAGGAGGACUGCAAUCACUGCGAACGAAUACUACAGCGCUGGCUUCGAGUAGUAGUGGUUACCGUAAGAUGUGUAACGAGUCACCAGUAUAUAUAGGUAGCAGCAGUAUCGGUGGUGUUAGUGAUUUAGAGCAAUCCUCUACACCGACUGGUACGCGAAAAAUUUCCCCUAUGAGCGAAAGGAAGUACACACAAUCACCACUUGCUAUACCGCAGCGAUCAAUGCCAUCCGGCGGUGGUGGCGGCAGUAUGGCAGCCUCAUCUAUAUCACCAACACCAUCGCAAAAUAGCACAGGUCUUUCAAAGAAUUUACUACCAUACAGCGUGACUCCACCACGCCCUACUGGUCCCACCGAAGCGCAACGCAAAAUUGAGGAACUCACAAGGCAGUUGGAAGAAGAAAUUGAACAAAGCGAGGAACAGGGCGAAUAUUUUGGUAUUUGUCAUACGUGUGGCGAUAAAGUUAAAGGUGCAGGUCAGGCUUGUCAGGCUAUGGGCAAUUUAUAUCAUACAAAUUGCUUUAUUUGUUGCUCAUGCGGGCGUGCGUUACGCGGAAAAGCUUUCUAUAAUGUACAUGGACGCGUAUACUGUGAGGAAGAUUACAUGUACUCGGGUUUCCAGCAAACAGCCGAAAAAUGUGCAAUCUGUGGGCAUUUAAUAAUGGAAAUGAUACUACAAGCUAUGGGCAAGUCCUAUCAUCCUGGCUGCUUCCGUUGUUGCAUUUGUAAUGAAUGUUUAGAUGGCGUGCCCUUCACGGUGGAUGUCGAUCAUAAAAUUUACUGUGUAAAUGACUAUCAUCGGAUGUUUGCACCAAAAUGUGCUAGCUGUGGCAAAGGUAUCACACCUGUGGAAGGCACAGAUGAGACGGUGCGUGUAGUAUCUAUGGAUAAGGACUUUCAUGUCGACUGUUAUAUAUGUGAAGAAUGUGGUAUGCAGCUAACGGAUGAGCCCGACAAACGUUGCUAUCCAUUAGAUGGCCGCCUACUAUGUCGCUCAUGUCACUUGCAGCGAUUGGCCAUGCAACAGUCUUCGCCUCAUCUGCGACAUCAAGAGCCGGUAUGCGCCUCAUAUCAGUAUAUGGGUUGAGGGUAGUAAAUGAGCUCUUCACAAGUCCAGAAUAAACAAGAUUUACUUAUUAUAAUUGUAUGCAUUCCUAAAUAUUACUAUACGUGAAGGACGCAAAGAUCAAAAACUAGUAUUUAAGAUAUAAUAUUUAACGCACAAUUUUGACGAUAAAUUUAUAAAAACAUAAUACGUUGCAUUUAUUGCUUCUAAAUUUUAAAACAUAAUGUUUAUGAAGAUGAAAGACAAAAUACACUUUCGCACAAAAUCAGGACUCAAGUAGGUCUGACUCAAACAGCUAAUUUACAGUUUUGUAUAAUCCUAAUGGAGACAUACCAUACAUACUUAUAUAUACAUAUGUAUCUUAUGUGUACUCUUUACAUACGUACGUCAUAUGUACUUGAAAUACAUAUUUGUGGAAUUUUUGUAAUAAAAGGUUUUGGAUGUGCUUUGCAAUGCUCACGCAAUUGCAUUUACAUACAUACAUACAUAUAUACAUACCUACUUGUAUGCAUUAAAAAAUAUUUAAUAAAAAAAGCA